UUCCCCUUUCCUCUCCUUUUUCCUUUUCUCUCUGUCUCUCUCAUUACUCAACUCUUCCAAUGGACCCACCACCACCCCCUCAGCCCCCACCUGCUUCUUCCCUUUCCACCACCACAACCACCAUCGCCGUCACCUCUGCUACACCCAUCGUCACCACCGCGGCAACCACCGUCCCCCUUCACCUCGCCGCUACCAAUACCUCCGCCACAGCCUACCCUGAUUCCAUCGAUUCUUCUCCUCGCUCACGCAACACUGAUUCUUAUUUCGAUGAUCCUCCUCCCCUCUCCUCAAAGCUUCGUCUCAUGUGCUCCUACGGUGGUCAUAUCGUCCCUCGCCCACAUGACAAGUCCUUGUGCUACGUCGGCGGCGAUACCCGCAUCGUUGUUGUCGACCGCCACACUACUCUCUCAUCUCUCUCUUCUCGUCUUUCAAAUACUUUGCUCAACGGCCGUCCUUUCACUCUCAAGUAUCAGCUCCCCAGCGAGGACUUGGAUUCCCUUAUUUCGGUCACCACUGAUGAGGAUUUGGACAACAUGAUCGAUGAGUAUGACCGGUCUAAUAUUAACGCUGCCAAUUCUUCUAAACCAUCGAGGUUGCGUUUGUUUCUCUUCACUUUGAAGUCGGAAUCCUCUCAGUCUAUUGGGCCGAUUUUGGAGAAUAGCGCCAAGUCCGAAGACUGGUUCUUGAAUGCGUUGAAUGGAGCUACUGGGUUGUUGGAUAGAGGGUUUCCUGAUUCAGCGUCGGUCAAUUGCCUGCUGGGUCUUGAUGACGAUGGCCUGAAUGGGAAUAAUAAUACUGACUUAGUUGGCGGUGGUGUUCGAGAUGUGGAGGGGUCGCAGAAGAAUGCGAAGCAAGGUCAGGACGUCCAUUCUGUGCCGGAUUCUCCGAUGUUGGAGACUACGUCGUCGUUUGGGUCUACUUCUUCAUCGCCUUUGCUUGCGAAUUUGCCUCCCAUAAGAGUUCAUGUCGAAGACGGUGGAGGAGGAGGAGGGGGAGGCGUUAGAGGGGUUGUGCAGGAUCAGAAGGUGGUGGGUAUUGAGGAGCAGUUUGCUCAGAUUAGUGUGGGUGGUGGUAGUGGAGUUGCUGGGCAGAAGCAAGACGAGGGUUUUGUGGUUUUGUCGUCGCCGCCGCCGAUGCCAGUUUCUAUUGCUGUAUCGGGUGUGGCUAUGGGCUCUCCAGUGACAGUUGGUGAGUAUCAAAAUCGGGUUUUCUCCGACGAUGAGAGAUCUGACCAUGGGGUUCCAGUUGGUUAUAGAAAGCCGCCGCCACCUCAAACACAGCCACAGACGAUAGCUCCUCAAACACAGCAGAAGUCAAUUGGUGGUGGUAGUGGAGGAGCUGUUGAUUUACCUUCUCCAGAUUCAGUUUCAAGUGAUAAUAGCCUUAACAACGCUAUGAAUCGACAAAAACCCAUGAUUUAUCAAGAUCAGGUUAUGCAAAUCCCAUCCGGACUCAGCAGGGUUCCUGCUAAUCCUGUGGAUCCAAAGUUCAGUUUCUCUGAUCCAAAUCCUCGUGGUCAGAUUCAACAACAGGUUCAGGAUUCUGGGUAUGUAUUGCAAGCGCAAUUUGAACAGCAGCAGCAGCAACAGCAACAGCAACAGCAACAAUUCGUACAUGCUGGUGCCCAUUACAUUCAUCACCCUGCGGGGGCAGUGCCUAUUUCUGCAUAUUACCCUGUAUACCCUCCCCAGCAGCAACACCAUCACCAGCUUGAUCAGCAAUACCCAGUGUACUAUAUACCAGCAAGGCAAACUCAGGCUUAUAAUAUGCCCGUGCAGCAAGCUAGUAUCAACGAGCCCUCGCAUACUGUCCCUUCUACCCGCCCUCAAACACCUCCCAAUCCCAACAUGGGACCUCCUCCUGCAACUUAUAAUCCCAUGAGAAAUACUCCUAUUGCUAAACCUGAAAUGGCCGCUGCAGGCAUGUAUAGAACAGCAAAUACUGGCACACAACCACUAGUUCAGGUCCCUUCUGGCCAGCAUCAACAGCAGUAUGUUGGCUACUCUCAAGUUCAUCACCCAUCUCAAUCUGUUGCUCCUACCUCUGCCGGCCCUGCUAAUUAUGCUUAUGAGUUUGCUGAACCUUCUCAUGCUCAGAUAUACUAUACUCAACCUCUUGCACCCACAAUGCCUUCUCAUUACCAAACUAUGACUUCAUCUGCUGCUGUAGUACUGCCAGAAAGUGCUGCUCAGCUUCCCAGUGACAACAUGAAGCAGCAGAUUAGAACUUCACAGCCAUUUUAAAUCCAUCUGGCAAGGAGAAGAAAAAAUUUUGGAAAAAUGGUGUGGUUUACAUCUUCAAAUUUUCUGUUUAGCAAAUGUCUUUCUAUUGGUAUUGGUUUGUGGCUUUGUAUUUGUGGUAGAUAAUAAGGAUCUCUGCUCAUCUUUACUCCUUGUAUGUCAUAUUGUUACCGUCAUAGGAAAUGAAGCAGUCUGGAAUUAUACUGUAAAAGCUCAAACUUCGAAUAUUAUGUGCUGUGCAGUUCAUAUAUCAGUUACUGAAUAAAUGUUUAUAUAAGUGGUAAGAGCUUUCUAUCAGCUCUAUGAGCUUUCCAUCAAA